CACAGUGCUGGGUGCUCACUGGUGACCAAGCCAGGUGGGAUCCCCACACUCUGGGCCAGAGCCCGUGGCCAGAGGAGUGGCCCUCACUCCAGCUCUGCAGAAGUUUCUUCCCUGGAGAGGUCAUGGCUUCCGGCUUCUCGGACCUGAGGCUCCAACAGAGGAAAUGACCAUCAGGGACCCUGCUCCAGACCCAUUACGGAGACUGAACCUUCACGGGGUGCGAACCUGCCUGGGACAGGGAAGCUUCUCUCUUUGAAGGGCUUUACAUUUGUCACAGAAAAGUAAAGAUGACGACUUCGUCUAUCAGACGGCAGAUGAAAAACAUCGUGAACAAUUACUCGGAAGCUGAAAUAAAAGUCCGGGAAGCCACCUCCAACGACCCGUGGGGCCCGUCCAGCUCCCUGAUGACGGAGAUCGCGGACCUGACCUACAAUGUGGUGGCCUUCUCGGAGAUCAUGAGCAUGGUGUGGAAGCGGCUCAACGACCACGGCAAGAACUGGCGGCACGUGUACAAGGCGCUGACGCUGCUCGACUACCUCAUCAAGACGGGCUCGGAGCGCGUGGCCCAGCAGUGCCGCGAGAACAUCUUCGCCAUCCAGACCCUGAAGGACUUCCAGUACGUCGACCGCGACGGCAAGGACCAGGGCGUCAACGUGCGCGAGAAGGCCAAGCAGCUGGUGGCCCUGCUGAAGGACGAGGAGCGGCUGAAGGCCGAGCGGGCCCAGGCGCUCAAGACCAAGGAGCGCAUGGCCCAGGUGGCCACCGGCAUGGGCAGCAGCCAGCUCACCUUCGGCCGGGGCUCCAGCCAACCCAACCUGUCCACCAGCUACUCGGAGCAGGAGUACGGCAAGGCCGGGGGGUCGCCGGCCUCCUACCACGGCUCCACCUCCCCAAGGGUGUCCUCAGAGCUGGAGCAGGCGCGGCCGCAAACGAGCGGGGAAGAGGAGCUGCAGCUGCAGCUGGCGCUGGCCAUGAGCAGAGAGGUGGCCGAGCAGGAAGAGCGCCUCAGGCGGGGAGAUGACCUCAGGUUGCAGAUGGCCUUGGAAGAAAGCCGCAGAGACACAGUUAAAUUUCCAAAAAAAAAAGAGCAUGGCUCCCACCCGCAGCAGACCACGCUGUUGGACCUGAUGGACGCUCUGCCCAGUGCGGGCCCUGCUGCCCAGAAGGCAGAGCCCUGGGGCCCUUCCGCAUCAGCCAGCCAGACCAACCCCUGGGGUGCUCCGGCAGCCCCCGGCAGCACUUCGGACCCCUGGCCGUCAUUCGCUCGGUUCCCUGGAAGUUUGCCAAAGUGCACCGAAUACCAGGCUCUGUCCUGCCGUGUGGGGACCCAGACAGGAGCAGGUGCCAAGACAGCCACCUCCGUCGACCCAUGGGGGGUGCCCACCGGCGCCGGCACACGCUCCGUCCCCAAGGGCUCUGACCCCUGGGCCGCCCCGCAGCAGCCAGCCCCUAGUGCCGGGAAAGCCGCCGACCCCUGGGCCGCAGCAUCGGCCGCCAAGCCUGCGUCCCCCUCUGGGGCUUUUGAUCUCUUCAGUAAUUUGAAUGGUACAAUUAAAGAUGACUUUUCUGAAUUUGACAACCUCCGAACUUCAAAAAAAGCAGCCAAGGCGGCGUCUCCGCCGGCCCAGAACAACGGAACUACCAGCCCCGACCCCUUUGAGUCCCAGCCCCCGACCGUGGCCUCAAGCAAGCCCAGCGGCACCCGGAAAACCCCCGAGUCCUUCCUGGGCCCCAAUGCGGCCCUGGUGAACCUGGACUCGCUGGUGACCAGGCCAGCCCCGCCGGCACAGUCCCUCAACCCCUUCCUGGCACCAGGUGCUGCCGCAGCCUCAGCCCCGGUCAACCCCUUCCAGGUGAACCAGCCGCAGCCACUGACGCUGAACCAGCUGCGGGGGAGCCCGGUGCUGGGGAGCAGCGCGUCCUUCGGGCCAGGCCCGGCUGUGGAGCCCAUGGCUGUGGCCUCCGUGACGUCCGCAGCCUCCCACCCAGCCCUGGGGGCUGGCGGCUCCUCCCUGCCGCCGCUGGGCCCCGCCGCGGUGAACAUGGUGGGCAGCCUGGGCGUCCCCCCGUCGGCAGCUCAGGCCACCGGCACAACCAACCCGUUCCUCCUCUAGUGCCCGCGCCGGGACCCGCCGCAGAGCAUCCGUGCUGAGGACGCCGGGCAGGGGCUCUCGCCUGUGGAAUGGGGUCUGAGAGUGGGGUGGGUGUGCAGAGGGUGUCUUUGCGGCCCUGGCUCUCAGCCUGAGGGUCGAGAGGUGGCGGGCUUACUGAGGCGUCAUCACGCGGCACGUGGGUCCCCGAGCCUGUGUCAGGCGGGAGGGCCCCUGACCCAGCCUGACCGCGGGCCCAGCCCGCCGGCCCUCGGGGGCCUUGGAUGAGGAGGUGGCAGUGCUCAGUGCUGGCCCAGCCUCAGCCCCGGGCCUCUGGGAGCCCCCCUGCCCAGGACCUGGCCCCCACCCCCAGCCCUGGCAACCCCCCCAGGCGUGGACGGGAUGGAGUGCGGGCUCCCUCAGACACUGACCUUUGGGGGACGCGGUUGUGCAUAUUUUACUUUUCUUUGACUCGUGUGUGAGUUCAAAGUAAACGCCACCACCGUGGAACAACUCUUGAAUUAAAUCCACUAGAGCAAGCUUUAAACUAACCUGAGCAUAACCCUGCCACGUGCUCCAUGCUUGUACACGUUUGCACAGAUUUUGUUUAGUACAGUUUCAUAUUUGUUUGCAGAAUUAUCGAAUAGUCUUUUUUGGCUAAUAUUUUUAUAACGUCGGUCUUAUUUAACUGUCUAGUUUUGAUAGAAUUUACCAGGUCUGGCUGAAUUAAGAUAUUGGCAGUGUCAUGUUAGUGGUGUAAAUCCUCUUAUUUAUGGUUUUAACUCUGUAAGAAAAUUUAAAUAGGAAGAGACAAAAAAAUGCCUUAUGGAAAAACUAAAGCAAAUUCUUUAUAGGAAAACAUGGGAAUUUGAUUAUGCAUAAAAGAUGUUUAUUUAAAAGGAAAAAAAAGAAAACUACAACGGUAACAAAAAAUCGUAGCCUCCAGUUGCCUUUCCCUUUAACUCCUUUUUUUGGUGGAUUACCAAACUGAUUGACUUUCAGCCUUUUUGGCUAGAUCCUAAGAGAGGCUAUUUUUCUUACUGAUGAACCAACGUGAAGAAAGUUAAAGACAAAAAAAUCUAACAUAUGAAUGUGACUCACCAGGUUUUAUCAGCUAACUCCUUUUUGUGACUGAAGGCAUGCACAGUUAACAAGACUUUGUUUACAGUGGGAACGUGGGAAGGAGGAGACUUCUGGAACCCUGUGUCUGUGACCCCCUCUCUUACUCCACACUCAGGGUAGAGGUGGGGACAGCGGGGGGGGCGGCAUGUCGGGGGCAGCCCAGGCUGACGGGGAGGGCCCAGGGCUGGCCCCAACCUACGCACCCGCCCUCCAGACACCCGUUGCAAUGUAGAAGUAAUCAUCUCUUACUUGACAGAGGAAGAAAAAUCAUUCUCACCCAGAAGAGAUUUUUAGCGAAAGUGCACUAAUCUUACCUCCCUCUCCCCUGCUUUCCUCGCCCCACCCACCACUAUAAAAAAGUAUUAGGUAAGUCACAAAUGAAAGACCAGAAGAGACUUGCUUCUCCCCAGGGAAGGGCCAUUUCCCCCGAGUCCUGUGUCUGUCUGGUCAGCCGGCCUGGCGGGCACCUCAGUCUCACUCUAGGUGGCGGACGUCUCACCUCUAGCACCAAGGGCAGCUGACGGCUGGGGGGUCUCUCCUGGGGGAUGGGGCCCCUCCCCCCUCUCUGGUUCCAGGAGCUCUGACCCUUGGCGCUGGGCACGGGAGGCUGACUCACAACUGCCUGCUCAGGCCACUCCUGUUGCCAUGUAGAAGAGCUCACCUGUGCUCCUCCCUGGGGCUACCCCCGGCCCAGAGCUCCUGCCCAGCCCCUGAGACCUGGGGCUGGACCAUGGGCUCGAGUCAUCCAUGAAGGCCUGUCCAGCCUCUCCCAGCAGCCUGGGGGAGGGUGGGGCAGGGCGGGGCUCGGGGCAAGGUGCUCCCCCGGGAGGUAGGGGCCAUGAUUCCUCGUGAGAGUGAAGGGCCCUUCCCGAUGGGACUUUAAGGCCCCGAGGUCACAGCCGGCGGCCCACCCAGGCCCAGGCAGACUCCCGCCCAGCUCCCAGCUCAGGCCCACCCCAGGCGCCUUGUCCGUGGUGCCCGCUGCACUGAUUAUGAAGCCACUGGUGCUGCCACGCGUGUGGGACACACGCCAUCGAGCUCCCUCCUGCCUGGCACCGUGGCAGGGGUGUUGCCCAGCCUUUUUCUCAGUCCCAGGGGCGGGUGGCCGGUUUGGAACUUGUGUUGACUGUUGAUACUUAUUUACUGUA